AUGGCAAACGAAGACAUGGAGCUGCCAGACCUGGUCAGAUCAGCUUCCAACAGAGGGUUGUCAGCGCUAAAGUUUGUACCUUUAGUCACCUCCUGGUUAGCCAAAAAGGCGCUGGAGGAUCAACAAAGUCAAGAUGCACUGACAGACGCUCUGUUGUCGUGCUUGGUAUCCCCUCAUCCGCCUGCCAACAUCCUGGGAUACCUAACACAGUGUCUUUUGAAGUCAACCAUUACCGCUCGAACAUUGGCCAUACAUCUCCUCAUCUACAUAUACGAUGGUCGGAGCCUGUCCGAAUCCACUAUCAUAUCCCUCUCUGGACUCGUCAUGGGCAGCUUAACGGGUUUAGAGCCGACAUCGACGAUCCCUUCAUCCCUUAACCGACCGAUCAUUCCUGAUAUCGGCUCCUCUGACGCUUCUCAAUCUAUUCCCACUCUCUCUUUACUCUUACCUCUCUUGAGGCAAUGUACUCUUCCAGCAGCCCCAGCGAUCGUCAUCUCCUUCGUUCAUCUUCUUCUGAGCAUCUUGGAGAAGCACCCCGCUCCACCUUUGGACGUCGGACUGGAGGCAGGUAGCCUACUACAGCUCUUACCUGAGCAAUUGGGACUACGACUCAGAGAUUGUCUUAGCGGUCUCAUGGCGGACCUGACGGAUCAAAACCAAUUAUUGAACACUACGCAGCAAGCCUCUGGACUUCCGAUCUCAGCAAUUCCACCGCUGGAAACACGAGGUGAUAUACCCGUUCCAGCCCUACCUUCAGGUCCGCUACAACUGCCUCUCGCCAAAGCCUUACAAUUCACCAUCAUCCAUGCCCUAUCGGCUUCUCGCUGGACACCUUCCCCCCAUUAUGCCGCCAGACCCCCGAGACUACCGGAGAAUUAUUCCAAUAUUAUCCGUCUAGGUCCACAAUUGUGCUCGGAUCCAGCGACAUUUCUCUUGCACCUCUUGCGAACCGCCGUGAACAUUCACAAUGGCGAGUACGUGGGCUCGACAUUCCGAGGCGGUCAGCGAUGGAUCUUCAUGACAGAGCAUCUGCCAGCCCUGAUCAGAUGGUGGAAGGAUCAAAAUAUCCCUGAUUGGGCUUGUCCAGAGGACAUUGUGACGCCCCUAUCGACCGUUUUCGAGCUUGAAACCUCGCCUAUCGAGCAAAAGAAUGGAUAUGUCUCCGGCGUGAUGAAGCAGUACAUCUCCGCGGCAGACAUGGACGAAGAGGCAGGAAGCUUCGUCCACCCCGAAGGCUGGAUGCUCUGUACCGAGCAGAUUACGAUACUUCAGAGAUACUCCGAGUUCGGACUUCUCAACAGUCAACAGCUGGCUUCUCUUUCUUCCAACAUAUCCAUUCCCUCUCACACUCCUGGGGAGUCUCUCAUGCAUCGAGUUGCAUCGGCAUCGAAAUCGCACAUUAGGCCAAUCUCUCAUAUCGUCAUCUACGCUCCAGGAGCAGCCCGAUCAUUCGCGACCGAGAUCAUGGAGUGCAUCUCUGCGUGUCCCAGCGUCCCACCUCCUGAAGGACUGUUUGUGAAUCUCGCUUCCGAGCCUGAUCUCCUAACUGCCAUCUGUGGUUAUGUCAAUUCAGCUACUAUUCUCGAGGCGAUCCAACAGCAUCUACUCGAUGUAGCCGAUGAUCGAGGAGCUCGAGCUGAAGAUCCUCAAGGUGCCUUGACUCGGUUUGGAGAAGCAGUCAUUCUUGCCGAGGCGCUCGUCGCGAUUGCAGAGCUCGACCCGCCUGAGCUCUUGCGGGACGCUCGACGGUCCCUCAACCUCCCAUCUAUGGAUGAAAUGCAAAAAUCCUGCGUCAAUGGAUGGGUCAAGGCGCUGUUUGGUCCGGAUGGUAUCGAUGAUCAAGUCCUCCUGGUCACCUCGCCAGCAGACUUUUACCGUCUCGCCCCGUCCCUCAUUCAGCAAGCUAUCACGGCAACUGCCGCUGGGAUGCUUGAUCUUCCGACUCUGCACAGUGGUCUGUCUUAUUUUUCUCAAUCGCUCUUGAGCUGGAGUUUGGGAGGCAUCACAGACUGGCUGUGUACCGAGAUCGUUCGUAAUGGACAUCUGUCUGCUCUGCAUCUCAAUGUCUUGCAAAAUCUUGUUUGCUCCGGAGCAUUACCAGUGGCCCUGUUGCGAGUCACGGGACCUGCGAUCGCUUCGCUUCUACUGCCUACAUCGGGUCUUGCACCCGUCUUUCAGAGCUCCGCAUUUGAUGCGCGUGGUGUUCAAUCAAAGUUGAACGAGCUAAAUAUCGCACCGCAACUGUCAUCCGUCAACGCGCUAGAAGACCUUCGUUCAGAGAUCCAGAUCGUCCGUAACCUUAAUCUCGCUCCUGAGUCCUGGGCAUCGUCACUUAUCAAGGCUAUGGAACGAGCUUUGCGGGUCUACCCGACAGCUUCAGUGUCACAUCUCAUCCUGGAGCAGCUUCUCCAGCCAACUUCCGCCUUGAGCGGCGAGCUGGAUCCAUUCACCGCUUUUUCGUGCUUACUCUUGGAUCUGCGAUUCAAGGCGACCAGUCCAAUCACCGGAUCGCAAAGUUUCAUCGACGCAUCCAUCCCUGCUUUAUUCGACGUUGACUCGGCGAUAGUCAACGACCAGAUUCCUAUCUCGAAUCUUCUCCUACCCGUAACAUCGCUAUGCCGAGCGACAAAACACAUCUUGCUCUUCGCUUCUGCGCUCAAUGCCUCGCAAUCGGAUACGCUUGCUCAUCAUCUCAUCGAUGAGCUCCUCCAUCUUCGAGCCCGGAUAUCCACCGACGGGCAGGAAAAGAAUGCCAAGGUUAAGCGGCGCGAUCCCGGUAUGAACAGUCAGCAAAAGGCAGUGUUAGAAGCUCUGGCUGGGGCUUUAGGAGCUGAUGAAGAGCUGAGGGAUCGAUGGAGUAGGUUUGGUGAGCUCGUAGGGAGUCCGAGGUAG